AUGGGUAGUACAAGCUUGACAUCGGUUUUCCUGACGCCGGAUCCAAGCUUCAAUUGGUUCUUUCUCUUGGAACUGAUUGUCUCUUGCAUUCUCGCUCUGUUCUUUUUGUUCUACUUCAAUCGACUCUUCGCGAACCUCGUCUCUUACGCGAUUCGAGCAUACACCUGGCAUUAUUACCGCGCAUAUGUCGAUAUCAACGCACUUCAAAUAUCCCUACUCGGUGGGAGAAUCUUCUUCAAGGGCAUUCGGUACCAUGGCGUGAACGAGACAAUCUUUAUUCAUGGAGGAUUUAUAACAUGGCGCUAUUGGACACGGACGGUCGAGCGAAAUGACUUGACCGGAAUUCGACGGAAGGCAGGUCUUGCCAAUCAUACUCCAAAGAAAGGACAGGCGCGGUCCCCGCACGAUGGAACAGACGACAAUCUAGGAGAGCAAGGUGGCAUGGGAAAGACGACCGAAUUGCCGUGCCGGAUUACUAUCAACACCUAUGGCCUUGAAUGGUUCAUCUACAACCGGACUCCUGCCUAUGACAGUAUCCUUACUGGCUUUGGAUACUCUCCAAAAAAUGUUGAUUUAGAAAAUGACAAUUCAAACUCCCCAGGGUCUCGCGCGACGGCAGAAGAUGGCAAUGAAAGCAACGCCUUUGAUUUUGAAGAUACGCCUGGCCAUCGGCCAACCACGAAACCCACGUCAGAGCGCAGUAUGAGUGAGAGGGGCGGGGUUGCGUCGCAGAGGACUAGUAUUCGUGAAUCAGAACUAUCGGACCCUGUGUCCAACAUGUUACAACUCCUGCCUAUGAAGCUGGAUUGCCAGAAAGGGGCCAUUGUCAUGGGAAAUGAGCAUACCAGGUCUGUGUUGACAACGACUUUCGACACUGGAAGGGGUACCAUCGAUGCUUCCAAUUCAGGCCCUCUUGAUUUGUAUCGUCAAAUAUUUUCAUUCCAACUCAAUAACCCAGUGAUUCAAAUGCGGCCAAACCCGGACUUCAAGCAGAACCAGUCGGCGACCGCCAAAGACCUCGGUGCGGUGCAAGAGAAAGAGCCCGAAUCGAAGAAAAAACCCCAAAAUAUCUUCAACUAUCAAUUCCAGAGGCGCAGAGUAUGGCACAGCAUUCGAGAGUUGGUCCCAUAUUUCCAGACAUCUGUCGAAUCGUUCCAUGACGAUGGCAGAUACACCAAUAGUAUGCCAAGGAGCCAGGCAGAGUUUCCUGAGGUCCGCUGGAUCGGUCUCUCUCGGUAUCUGGACGAAGAUAGCGAGGACGACCAUGAAAAAUGGAACUCAGUCGAGUAUGGCAGGUUUUCUACCAUCGUGGAUAGCCCUAGCUUGAAUAUAGCCUACUUUUGGGACGUCCCCGGACGAGUCAUUAUUCAACCAACGUCAACUGUUCGGUCUCAACCAAUGGAUCGCAAUAUCAAUUAUGCUCCUUCCCCGGAAUGGGGGAUUGACAUCAAGAUUGAAGGAGGGCAACUAGCCCCCGGUGUUCUGCGACAAAGCACGGCAUUUAGGUUGCGCGUGGAAAUCAACAAGGAAUUGACAUUGCGAAUUCCGACACGAGAGCCUUCCAAGGAUUGGCAAUGGAAGGGUCGUGCUGAUGCCGUUGGGGGAGUAUCGAGAGCAAAGAAGCCAAAUGAGCAGAAGAACGCUCGAGCCAAAGAAGGUGAAAAGGGCUACCUUGGUCCUGAAAUUCGCCCGUUUGGGUGGCUUUCCCUUUGUGUUGCCGCCGACUCUACCAUCAAUUAUACCAUGGAUAUGGUGGGAUCGAGCGCAGGGUUUUGCAAUGAACUUUCUAUCGACUUGCGAGAGUCAAGAUUAUCAUCCAGCAUCAAUCAUGGCUUACUCUGGCAAUGUCCUCGGCAACAGGUCACUUGCGAUCUGUCCAACCCGCUCUCCUGGAAUAGUCUUCGCUCCUGGAAAUUUACUGCCGAAAGCCAGGACCUACAGAUGUUUCUCCUACGUGAUCACAUAUUCCUUCUCACGGAUCUUGUAAGUGACUGGGCUUCGGGGCCGCCUUCGGACUACUAUGCAUUUGUGCCUUUUAUCUACAACCUCGACCUCAAUUUCUCCGACUUUCAGCUUUAUAUCAAUGUCAACGACCGAAACAUCAUCAGCAACCCUUCGGAUCUAGAGGACAACCGAUUCAUUGUGAUCAAAGGCAAGCGCCUGACGUCGAAUGUCAUGAUACCAUUGAACAAAUACCAACCUGAACAAAAUGCCAUCGAGUUCAGGGUCAACCUUGAAAACGGCGGCGUGGACUACACAACUCCUCUAUGGGAUACUCUGCAUGAAUUUUUGCCGCAAAAAUCCAUGGCCACUCUCGAGAAUUUGUUCAUUGACGGCUCCUAUAACUAUUUCCAGUCAACAUCCCCGGAACUGACUGACACGCUGUUGCUCAAUAUCGAUGGGACUUCACCUCGUCUAUACCUUUUUGGAUUCUUGAUCAAGAGUUUUAUGACAAUCAGAGAGAACUAUUUUGGCGAGGAGAUGCACUUUAAGACACUUGAAGAAUAUCAAGAGCUGGUCUAUGCCGAUGGGCCACCGUCAAAUCCGACAGGCGUCAACCCAAACCGAAAGUCAAAUGACAUGGAUGUGCUUGUGCGUGUCACGGUUGACGGCCCCCGUGCUUUGCUUCCUGUGAAUAUCUAUGAUCACUCAAAGUGCAUGGGACUUAGCGCAGCCUCACUCGAAGCGGAUUUGCGCUUUACCAACUACUAUAUGGACUUGCAAUUUUCCGUCGCCCCGCUGAAAAUUGAUUUGGAGACCACUCAACUGGAUGGCCUUUCCACUAUCUCUAGCACUCAGCUGUUCAUCGAUGGAAUCUCGGUUUAUGGCCAUCGUCUGUUUGGUUUGCCGCCUCUUGAACCAACCUACGUUUGUAACUGGGAUUUUGAAGUCGGCAGAAUUGUCGGGGAAUGCUCCACUGAGUUCUUGGCCUGUUUGGCUUCAUCUUUGAAGAGCUUUGAUUUCUCGUUUGACAACGAGGAAAACGCGUUGCCAAUGCUGUUCCCGGAGCUUCUAUUUGACGUGACUUUCUUGCGAGCCAAGAUUGACUCAAUUCAUGUUUCCGUGCUGCUGGACCACAUAGCUGUGGUUUUGAGCACACGGCCCUUGAAUGUGAACUUCAACGAUUGGGCAAACACCAAGUUUUCGAAACGCAUGAGCCUUCUCGUUCCGGACAUCUCCAUCGCUGCCGUUGAUCGCCAAUCUGUCUCGAAAUACAACCCAUCAGCGGGAGAAAUGAUAUCUCCCAUAGGACUUUUCCAAUUCACAAUUGGACUGAAGAUGGCUUUGCGCAAAUCUGAUAUUGCCGAAAGUCGACGACUUCAGCAAGAACAUAUCAAAAUCCAUGAUCAGCGGACUCACAGGGCACAGUGGUUGCUUUUUGACUGGGAGGAGACUGGCCCAGCUUCAACCCUUCCUCCUGACGACGACGUAUUCCCUCCAACCAUGGCCAUACCUUCAAUGCCUGAGCCUAUUCAUGACAGGAUUGGCUCUGUUGAUGCACCGUCAUAUCAGGGAGCUUCAGGUUCUCGUCCCUCUAGAAGCGCCAAGAGCUUCCUUGUCCAGUCAGAAGCAUCAAGUAUGAAGAGUGUCCGGAUACACACUGGCAACAGCCCCAGAGCAGCCUCAGAUCCUGUUUCCAAAUCACGACCUUUUCUGCCUACCCGAGGAUCGAGCCCGGCCGUCUCAAAAACCAACCGGUCAAGAGAUGGACCAAACCCCGGGCCUCGGGCAGGCGCAUUCUCGUCUUCUGCGAAAAGGGACGCAAACCCGUGGAUAAUGCCACCUUUCUCGUACUACAAGCUUCAUCUGGAUACAUCUGAACUUCCGUUGCCAUUUACGGACGAAGAUGACACAAUGGGUGAAGCAAUGAAUCAAAAGUCCGUGUUUCUCACAUUUGAAGAUGAUCAAACAAAAUACACAAACCUUGCGUGCAACCUCCCUCUUGGUAUCCGAGGAUUUUGUACACCGAAAUUCCUUCUAAGUCUAGCUACCUUACUGGAUGGAUUGGAGCCAAAGCAUCCUACACGAAUCAUUGAUUCGCUUCAAAAGGAUGUGAUAUCGAACAUCGUUGGCUACGACAACGCCAUGAGCCAACCGAAAGUUUCAACAGCUGUUGCUCUUCGUGUUCCUUCCAUUCAGUUACGACUAGUUGACCUGUCUGAGGCUCCCAACAACAAACAGAUCGAAUUCCGAGAUGAAUACAGCAUCGAGAUCCGUCGUCUGCAUACUGAGUUCCGGAGAAAGGUUCAACGUCAGAAAGGCGAUCUGCUUGAAGGUCUCAAACAAGGUGUGACGGUUCAUGCGGCAGCGGACCACGUCUCAAUUUCUGUUGAAGGUAGUCGAGCGGAUUCUUUCCACGAGAAAGCCGUCUUCAACUCUCACAUGGAAGAUAUGAAUUUCUGGCUCGUGACCUCGCCCAAUAUUCGCUCUAAUCUUCAGAUGCGAGCAUUCAACACAAUCACAUCAGCAAAGUCUGUGGAGCGUCUUGCAUUUCUCGUUCGUCGAGCCACGACUAUGUUUGAUUCUGUCGCGUCAUCCUUUCAACAGCUUUUAACGUCCAGCGAGAAGCGCCUACAGUACCUCUUGUACUCCCUCACCCAAUCCGCCACUGAUAUACCGGAUCCAAUCUUCCUUGCUCGCAUAUCUUACGUCCUUAGAGUUGCUUCGACUCACUUGCGGCAGCAUGACUCGUGGAAAAUCAUAUCUCGCAUUCGCAAGAUUUACAAAGGCCUACCUGCUCAUCACAAGCGUGACUUGGAGCAGGAAUGCUUGUGUGACAAUUUCCCUCUGCCGGUGGAUGCCAAAAAUGCUGUAUUAUCCGGCUUCGACCACUGGCGAGCUUGGGACCUGGCACAUGUUGCCAAAAGCUAUGUCAUGCGCCGUGUCUGGCCGCACGCCGCUGAACCACAGACUUCCCAGCCUUCGAUAUUCCUAUCCUCCACAGUCCAUAAAUUCCGAUUCUCCAUGGAUCCUGGUCCGAGAGAAAGCGAUUUGAUCAUUGGAAAUCUGUCCACUGUUGUAUCAUUUACUCCAGACUCGCCUGAGGGUGAAGUGGGGCGGAGCAAGAAACUCAUCACCCUGCAGUCUUAUUGCGGAUCGACAGCCCUGAGGCUGCGCUGGGAAAUCCUGGACCUCGUUGAAGGGGUGAUCAAGGUCAUGUCGAAUAUCACACUUGAAUCUUCGCCGGGUCAUGUCCCAAUUGACAAGAUCCAAGAGAAGACACCGACCGAGCUGCAGUUCAUGUUUGGCACUGAUUUUGGUUCCAUCACUCUCGACUGUAUCAAUGUUAAGCUUGCUUUGAUAGCGAAAGCUCUCCGAGGAUCAAUCGUCCACAAGUCGCUUGGUACCAAAAAAUCAGACCACGAACACCUCGCUGUAUUGUUUAGCGCUGAAGGAUGCUCAUCUGAGCUUCAAAGCCAAUCCACAACUCUGAUGUUGUCCAGAAUCGCCGAUCCAUACAUGUACCUUUCACUUGCAUCAGAGGAAGACGACAACGAGUGCAGACACGAUUGGAAGCUCGCUGGGUCCUGUAGGAAGCUUCGUUAUGACAUGAAAGAAGACCCUGUCAGCUUGGCACACACAGCAGACAGACUUAUCGCGGACGAAGUCAGAUACAUCCGGCAGCUUAUGGAUAGUGUCAAAGUACCAAAGUCGGAAACCGAUCAGAGCCUCGCAUCGAAUAAACCCACCCGUGACACCUUCAAUGUAGCAAUGUUCUUGGAAGACUAUCGGUUGACGUUUAGCCUUCUGCCAUCUUUGGCCUACCUUGUGUCAGGCGAGGUCGCUCGCAUGUCAGUGACGCCUGCAGAGGCAUCCAAAAUCGAGAUUGACUUUGAUGUGAAGAAGAACUCGCACAUGUUCGUAUCGGGCGAAGGCGACAAGUUCAAUGUCUUGUCAAUGCUGGAAAUACCUCCCGUAAACGGGCGAAUCCUUGCUAACCUCCUAUCGGAGCGCAAGGAAGUGGAGGUUGAUGUGACAAUUGAACUCAUUCGCCUAGAAACCAGUGCUGUGCGCAGUCUCCUGGCUGUUUUGACUGGACCGGAUGUUUCCCAUUUGAUUUGUGAUCUCAAGCAGAAUUUAGAUGUUCUCCGGUCACACUUGAAAGACGUGCUGUCGCUACAGAGGGCAUCUCCAAAGCCCAAACCAGCAUCUGGUGGACAGGAGAUCCUUUACAAAUCCCGUCUCACAAUGGCUGGAUUCGAGAUUCAUGCCAUUGCACCUGGCCUUAAUAGCAAAGAUUACUCUGCGGAGAUGAUCUUCAGCCUUGGGAUGAUGCGUAUGCGACUUCAAAACGGACUAGAUCGGGGAUACUCCAUGGAACAUCCCGAGUUCAAUAUCGAUGCCUCUCAAAUCAGAUUCGAGCUUCUCAGACAAGAAAAAGCUAGCAGUCAAUCAUAUGGCAGCUUCUCUGCUAGAGUGAAGCUUCAGGGAACCUCUGCCGUCCGCGAAAAUGGGGAGACCACCAGAGCAUACCAUUUCACCAGCGACAGGUUCGAUAUCGAACUUUUCGCUGAGACAGCAGCCCUCGUGGUCGACAUUGCCGUCUACACACAAGAGCGCAUCAAAACUCUGGACCUUUCCCAUGAAGUCAAGCGUCUUAGGAAAUUGAGACAUGGGGGCCACAUCGAUACAACAGACGGAGCCACCGCUGCCCCCGAAAUCCACAUCAACGAUGAUUCCACCCCGGAAACAUUCCUCAAUGCUCUUUACUCUUUACAAUUCCGGACCAUUCAAAUCGCUUGGAACAUGGCCACGAUGCACAACAAAUCUGGUCGACAACCCGAGGACUUGGUCUUUUCAAUCCAGCAAGUCGAACUGUCCAACAAGAAGAAGAACGCAGCCAAACUUCGAAUUGAAAACAUGCAACUUCAGAUGGUACCAUUCGGAGCGGACAGAGGAAAGCGCUCGCUCAAUUCAGCCCUUAUGCCAGAGCUGGUCUUCAACGUGGCGUAUUCCUCCAAAGGGAAGGAAGUGUGGCUUGCUUUCCAAGCAGCUGGUAAAUCUCUCGAUAUACGCGCCACAUCGGAAUUUAUCAUUCCCGCUAGUAUGAUACAAGACUCAAUUGCUACAGCAAGCGAGGCGCUCCGGGAAGGCAAGGCUGUUUGGGCAACCAGAGCAGACUCUCCUGAAAACACAAAUACCAACAAAGAUCGUAGCCUUUUCGGCAACAGACGAUUGCGGUCUCUCCUCGUCGAUGUUGACUUUGCAGGCGCUACUGUCACGCUUCAAGGAAAACUUGGCCAUGAUCACCAGACAUUGUUAGCGGCCACAUGGAAGGGUAGCCGACUCUCCGACGCAAAAUAUGGUCAAUAUGUCCAAGGCGAUGCAGCGACUACAGCAACCCUUCGAGCACCAGGAGUGGCACUCAAAGUCCAAUUCGAGGACAACGGUACGGAUGAUCCCGCACUUAAUGCGGAGUUGAAGGUCGACCCCUCGACGAAUACACUGUAUCCCACCCUUGUUCCUCUCGUCAAGCAAAUGACCGCCACAGUCAAGGAGAUCAUGGGCAAUCAGCAGGGCCAAUCUCGAAGGCCAUCUGCUGCAGCGAAAUUGCAGUCACAGAAACUAAUGCAGGAGAAGCCAUUUGAUGCCGCCGAUCCCACCAGCAUCCUCGGUCGGUGCAAGGUAAACCUGGGACUGCUGUUUUGCAAACAGGAGUUUAGUUUAAGCUGCCAGCCUAUUGCAAGAGUCGCGGCUACUGCAAGGUUUGAGAGUGUUUACGUGACUGUCAACACGGUCCUAUCGGAAGAGCAGGGCCGGUUCCUUGCUCUCUCUUUGGCUUUCAACAGCUUGGAAGCAUCUGUAAAGCACGUGUACUCCAAUGAAUCAACCGCAAGCUUCGAGGUCAAGUCCAUGGUACUGUCGUUGAUGAAUAGCAAACACCUUGGCCGAAUGAACGGAAUGUCAGCUAUUUUGCGCGUCAGUCCAAUGAAGGUCGCAGUCAACGCCAAACAAGUUCAAGACUCUUUGCUCUUCAAGGAGAUCUGGCUUCCAUCCGACAGUGAAACCAAGUCGAGUGAGACAGUCCAACCAGAGCCGUCUGAAACGCAAACCUAUAUCGUGCAGCGAUACCAACAGGUUGCGUCGGCGUCCGCAUUCCCCUGGAACACUACUAUCGCGAUCGAGAAGGUCGAAAUUCAACUCGAUUUGGGAUCGACCCUAGGCAAGGCACAGUUUGCCAUUGUUGAUCUGUGGGUGUCUACCAGCAAGACAUCCGACAAUGAACAGAACAUGUGUAUCAAUUUCGGCUCAGUUGCGAUCGAGAGUAAGGGCCGUAUGAGUGGAAUUGUCGAACUUGGAAAGCUGAAAAUUCAUACCUCCAUCGAAUGGCCCGAGGACUCCCGUGAGAUGGGGCACACACCGUUGAUUCAAGCCACGAUUGCCUUCCAUCACCUCCAAGCCAAGGUGUCAUUCGACUACCAACCUUUCUUGGUUGCACAUAUCGCCAUGUUCAACUUCUUGAUGUACAAUGUUCGAAACACAUCCGGCGCGCAGAGCCAGCGUCUUUUCAGUACCCUGGAAGGCGACAAACUCCAGCUAUUCUGCACAUCUCUGACAGCAUCACAAACAUUAGCGCUGUUCCAGGCGUGGCAGCGCCUAAUCCAAGAUGUCCAAGCAGCCUACAAAGCAUCACUACGCGAGGUAGAGCGGUACCUCCGUCGGAAGUCUUCUGUCCUCACCGAGCGGCUCGAUGUCAGUGCCAAGGAUCUAACAAAGAAAGACGAGGACCAACCCGAAAAAGCACCCAUCUCUCUCCACACCGGAGUCGUUGUGAAGAUCCUCCACGUCAACCUGGGCGCAUUCCCCAGCUCAUUCUUCGACAACCAGAUCUUCAAGGUCGAAGCCUACGACGCCGAGGCCCGCUUCGCCGUCUCGCUCGAAGCCAACAAAAUCCACAGUGCCCUAGGCUUAACACUUGGCCAGCUUCGCGUCGCACUAUCCGGCAUAACACGACCCACAUCCGCCCAGCUCGACGAGCUCUCGGUCGACGAGAUCGCCGACCGAGCCGCAGCAUCCCGCGGCGGAACAAUCCUCAAAGUGCCGCGACUAGUCGCGAGCAUGGAAACCUGGCAGGCUCCAGGAACCCACCAGAUCGACUACAUAUUCCGCAGCACGUUCGAGGGCAAAGUCGAUGUCGGCUGGAACUACUCGCGCAUCAGCUUCAUCCGCGAUAUGUGGGAGACGCACUCGCGGGCGCUCGCGUCGCGACUUGGCAAGCCCUUGCCGCCGUCUGCGGUGCGCAUCACUGGUGGACCAGGUAGUGGUGGUGAAGGGGGCGGUGCUACCUCUGAGAAGCAGGAGAAGAUUACGGCCGUUGUCAAUGUGCCCCAGUCCAGGUAUACCUAUACUGCGCUUGAGCCGCCGAUUAUUGAGACGCCGCAGCUCCGGGAUAUGGGUGAGGCUACGCCGCCGUUGGAGUGGAUUGGGUUGCAGCGUGAUAAACUGCCUAAUGUGACGCACCAGAUUAUUAUUGUCACGCUGUUGGAGAUUGCUAAGGAGGUGGAGGAUGCUUAUGGCAAGAUUUUGGGGUCGUGA